GAGGGGCAUGAUUUGUUUGCUGAUCAGAGCCAAUAGAAAGCUCUCAGUGUGAUCAGAUCCACAUGCGAGUGACGGAGACAAGCCAGAAAGCAGAGUUCCAACACACACACACACACACACAGAGAGAGAGAGAGAGUGAGAGAGUCUCCUCCAGCAGAAAGCAGCAUCAGUCUGAGGAUCCUUCACACACAACAGAGAAGCUCUCGUCUGCUCCGUCCAUGGGUCGGUGUUCCUGGACUCUGGAUCUGCUCCGUCUCUGACCACACUCGUCCAGGAUGAGCUGUAAGGUGGCGCUGUGGCUGCUGUUCACCGGUCUGCUGUGUCUCGCCUCCGCCGGCCGUAAGACCCGACCGCAGGGAUCCAUCCCAUCACCCUACAAGACCAGCUCCAACACCUCCGACCGGCGCGCACGCAAACAGGAAGUGCUGGCCUCCAGCCAGGAAGCUCUGGUGGUGACCGAGCGCAAGUACCUGAAGAGCGACUGGUGCAAGACGCAGCCGCUGCGGCAGACGGUCAGUCAGGAGGGAUGCAGGAGCCGCACAGUCAUCAACCGCUUCUGCUACGGCCAGUGCAACUCCUUCUACAUCCCUCGGCACGUCAGGAAAGAGCAGGAGUCCUUCCAGUCCUGUGCCUUCUGCAGACCGCAGCGCUUCACCAGCCUCACCGUGGAGCUCCAGUGCCCUGACCUGCAGCCGGACGUCCGCUACCGCAAGAUCCAGCGCGUCAAGCAGUGUCGCUGCAUGUCCGUCAGCGUGUCCGAGUCUGGGAAACAGUGAGAUCCUGACCACGCUUCACUGGAAACAUCUGCUGCUACUCUGAGCUGAGAGACUGCAAGGCUUCAGCACAUCAUCUUCAGACUGUCCUGAUGGACACCGGUCACUGUCAGUCACCACUGGUCACUAUUGGUCACAAAAGGUCUUCAUUGGUCACUAUCAGUCAUCGUUAUACACUAUUGGUCCCCAUUGGUCACUGUUGGUCUCCAUCCAUUACUGUUGGUCAAUAUGAUCGUCAUCAUUGGACACUAUUGGUUACUACUGGUCUCCAUCGGACUAUUAGUCACGACUGGUCUCCAUCGGACACUAUCGGUCACCACUGGUCACUGUCAGUCAUCAUUGGUCACCAAGGUCGUUAUCGGUCAAUAGAGAGUGUGUGGAAUCUGAAUGAGGUGCGAGAGAAGACUCUACGCUGAACUCUAGAGCUUCUGACCCCUGUGUGAUGGUCACUGAUAGUUAACACCAAACAUGCAUAACUAGACUGAUUAUAGAGAUUCUAUAGAAAUAUGGUACAGCAAAAG